AUGCCCGAGGGGUCAACAAGGAGCUGGCACUCUGCAACCGCAGAGGACAUAAAUGAAGAAGAUGGGAAGGCUGAGCGGUUAGCUUCACUAGCCAAUAAGAAGACGGAGAGGUCCAACAUUCCGCAGACGUGCGGUGGCCUGGCUCUGAAAUCAAACCGCGCUAACUCGUUUUCCUCGCGUCGCAUUCUUACAUCUCGCUCACGAGCUCAUCGUCUUCCGCCUCGAGAGCGGCACCAUAUCGGACACGGCAUCUACGACGAUCCGAGACACAGUUUUGCGUACAACUCCGGCGUGGAGUGCUUUGACGGCCUCGAAUACGACGAGAAACCUGCGUGCUCGCCGCCAUCGCACCCGCACCAACAGUGUCUAAACACAAACUCAAACCAGGGUACUGGCCCGCAUCCCAGUGGGACUUUUAAUCGAGGCCUUUUCGAUCGUUUUCAGCACGAACGUCACACGCGGCCGAUCAGACAAUACGGCGAGGAGGAAGCAUCACCAGAGCAUCGAAUUUUUGAAGGUUACGAUAGCAACCUGAACCAGUCUCAGAUCGAGGACAUUUGGAAGCAACUCUUCGAGUAUCGGCUACCGCGCUCGCAUCCUUCCAAUAACGACAAAGGCUGUCUGACUUCGUUCUAUCAGCAAGAGUUUGAGAUUGAGCAUCUAUUUAGGGUGUUGAAACGUCUGACUGCCAAAGAGCAUCGCUACGACGCUAGUUCGAGAGAGCUUGCCUUUUCUUCGUCACAGAUUCCGCGUCGUAAGGUGGCCUUUUCCGAAUCCCUACAGAAGCAGAAUCCCCGGCAACGCAACGAAAAUCCAUCGUUCUGCGGUCUCAUUCGGUCUUACACCCAGCCAAAGCAUAAUAGACGUGAAGGCCCAGCCGAACAGUGUUGCUGUCUAUCAAAUUCAGCGCAAGAACUCACUGAGCUAUUGAGCAAGCUGAGCAUCGCUAAGCCCGAGCUACGGUUACCCACAUCUCAGGCAUUUCUUUAUCUGCCCAAUCUAUAUUGUUCCGUACCUGAUAGUCGCCAUCCUUCGCUUGACAACGAGUUGUCUUCGGUUUACGACGUGAACAUGGACGAAUCAUCGUAUAAUGAGAGACGUCGUGACGGAGGUGGUCGACGCGGAGGUAGGCACAGCUAUGGUGCUGGUGGCGGUGGCAGAAAGCGUGGACGAGAGGAUGAUGACGACCACCGCGACUAUCGCAGACAACAACGUCCACGCUACGAGGAGCCUGUCGCAUCCCGCAUUCGCCGUGACAUUAUAUACAUUGGUGAAGAUUCUGCAAACGGCGUCCAAGAUCAAUGCGCAGGCUUUGGUCGCGACAUAGCAAACAAUUUUGAUGACGAUCAAGUUCGUGGCCCCCUGCUUGACACGCUCGUGGACAUGCUAUGCGAGCAGCCGCUCAAAAUUCCCUUCUUAGCAGCCGUGGCGCUUUACGCGAAUAAUUUGAACGCAGAUGUUGGCCGCGAACUGAUUGCACGAGCGAGCAAGAAGAUGGCCUCAGCACUAGCAACGAGCGAAUGGAGGGAUUUCAAACUUUUACUACGCUUCCAUGCAUGUUUACAGGGCAUCCUUGAGGGUGUCGGUGUCUUCCAAAUCCUAAACCAGAUUUUUGACUGGGUUAUAGACCUGCAGAGCGCGUCUGCGGAUGAUGCUCUUGGUCUAGAGCUUACUAAAGUCAUACUGCUCACAAUCCCAUAUGUCAUUGUCGCGUCCCCUGAUUCGAAAGCAUAUCUAGACGACAUCCUUGACAAGACUGAAAUUGUUGCCAGCGAAGCCGCAAAUCAUCCUCUCGCCGAACUUGUCGAUGGCUUCCCCGCGGAAUUUGAGGACAGGCCUUUUGGUUAUCAGAGCGUCGUGGAGAUGCUUCAGAAGCAGCUGCGUGGGGAAGCAAAUCGCAACUGGGAAUUUAAAUGCAUCCCUCGUCUAUACGUACCUAUCAAAGCAGUCAAGACAGAUUGCGAAAAUGGCGUCGCUCAAGAUCCGACAAAGCAUACACUUCCAGCUAUAACAAUUCCAGCUCCUGUCGAUGCGACCAAGCGGCCGCUUUUCCCCGAGACGCACUUCACCAUGUUUGCCAACCAAGAUAUUAAGACUGUUCCCAGCAUGCACGACAUCUCCUUGUCCCUGAUCCGCGACGCGAUGACCGACACCAUCAGCAUCCUCCACUACAAUCGUUUGGCGGUGGCCAAUUUCCUGACCAAAGUCGAUGACUUCUGGACUCCUGGCACCUUUGCGACAAGAGGCAUCACCCUCGAUCAACUUCGAAACUAUCCUGCAGAUCGUUCAACCUGGAAGCCGGAAGACAUGUUCAUCGAUGCUGUCUUCUCGCAAUUAAUGACACUUCCAGAACCGAAACAGAAACUUAUUUACUACCACAGCAUCAUCUUCGAGGCGUGCAAGCUGGCGCCAAGCGCUGUCGCGCCAACCCUGGGCCGUGGCAUACGCUGGCUCUUCCGACACAUAGAUUGCAUGGAUCUUGAAUUGCUGUACCGUUAUCUUGACUGGUUUGCACACCACCUGAGCAACUUUGAAUUCCGAUGGAAGUGGACGGAGUGGGUCGAUGAGCUUGAACGCAGUGACAUUACACCGAAGAAGGCCUUUAUCAUUGCUGCCAUCGAUAAGGAGGUCCGAUUGAGUUUCGCCAAGCGUAUUCGAGACACUUUGCCAGAAGCCUAUUAUCCCUUGUUGAGUGAAGGUAAAUUCAAGGAUGUACCUCCGUUCAAAUUCGACAAAGACGACACACCAUUUGCGUCUGAGGGCCGGGAGGUCUUUGCGCUGAUGAAACGCAAAGCAUCAGAGGAACAGAUUGAGCCAUAUAUCGAGGCCGUACGUGAACAAGCCGCAAAUUUUGGGCUUGACCCAAUGAUCGCCUCUAUUGACGUUUACAUGACCGCUUUAUGUCACAGCGGUGCAAAGUCCGUGUCCCAUAUCACAGCAGCUAUAGACCGCAGCAGGGCUACUCUUCAAAAUUCGCGCCAACGACAUCCUGGCGUUGGUCGUCAAAUUGUUCAGAGUGUCGUAGCGUAUUGGAAGGACCAGCCCGGCAAUGCGGUCAAUAUUGUCGACAAGCUGCUAAAUUACACAAUCGUCACCCCCGACUCAGUUAUUGAAUGGGCACUCGGUCCUGAAAGCUUGGGUGACGGCGCAGUGUUAGCCGAGUCAUGGCGAUAUGAAAUCGUAGCAAAGACAGUUGGCAAGGUCACUGGCCGAGUACAGCAAAUUGUUCAGGCCUACAUCAGUCUCGAAGUGCAAGGCUCCGAUGAUACGACGGCGAACGUUGAGGACAUCCGUGGUCAGAUCGGUCCAAUGAACCAGUUACUAGUUUCGGAGCGCAAUGCUAUGCGGCAACUCUUCGCCACGAUAAUAGAUGCAGUCUCUGGAGUGGCUACAGGCGCAGCAGAGGGCCUCGUUGACUCUGCAACAAGCGAAGAAUAUGCCGAGUUAAUCAAGGUUUGGGCUCAGAAGUGGGCCCGUGUCUUCCGCCGCAAGCUUGCAGUUGUCGAGACUCGUGUCAGUGAAGCUGCUGUAGAAUCCCAACUUGUGAGCGCAAAGGAGCAGUAUAAACUAAAGAAAGAGCGCGAAGCUCGUGAGGCUGAAGAAGAAGCCGCGGCUAGAGCAAAGGAUGAGGCGGAACAUGCAGAAAAAAUCAAAAGGGAAGAGGAGGCGAAGGCUGGGGCAGAGGUAGCAGCGAAUGGCGAUGCUGCGAUCGCUAGCGUGGAGAUGAACGGCAAUGGCGACGCCGAAGAUCUCGAUGUGGCAGAAUAGACGUGGUGAUAAUUUGCUGCUUUUUUCUUAUGGAUCUAUUUCCACGUGGGAGCCAACACGAAUGGGUGGGAUUUGGUGUCAAUUUUGGUGCUGGUGUCCCUUCAAGAUUAGGACUAAAUAUCCCUUGUGCCAAAAAAAGGAAAGAAACACAGCAUGAGCAUGAAGAGUACCAGUACCAAAGGCAUACAGAACUGAUCAAGGAGAAUCAACAAAUAUAGCUUGUAAAUUGUCCGACUCGUAUCAGAGUUAAAAAAAACAAUUCGAUCAGCUGUUACUUAGCAUAGCACGGUCAGCAUUUUGGAUUGAUAACAAUAUUUCUAAUCUCGAGCCUUCGCAAGAGCAAAGGAGGCGAAGCAAGG